AUGUCUCUGCUUUUCUAUCGGCGGCCAGACUACCUGAGCCGAAGCCGCAAUAGACCUGAGCUGGCCGAGUCCCUCUGUGCCUCGUAUCUGGAGGUGGCUGAGGCAACCAAAUCAAAGAUACCGACGAAUCUCUCUUUCGAGGAGAUAGUCAAGAACAACACCCUUCCGCCAUGUUCCCUCAAUGAUUUCAUGGACUACUUGAUGUACGUUGAGUACAAUGCGGAAUGCCUGCAGUUCUUCCUUUGGUACUGCGAUUAUGUCGAGCGAUGGAGCAAACUACCUCAAGAGGAGAGGGACUCGUCACCUAUGAUACCCUCCAAUAAAGGGGCGGUUAACAGGCGCAAGCAUGCGCGGACGAACAGCUACACAGAGAAGACUGAGCGGUUCAACCGCAUCCUCGCCAUCUUGGAGAAGAGUCCAAAGCAUGACAGCACGGUAUCCAAACCGGUGGGUAGAAAGUCACGGAGAAACGACUCCGUGUCGACCAACUACUCCUGGCCUCGCCCAACUUCUUCUUCAGGAGCCAGUCACUCCAGCUCAGACAGUUCAAGACACAGCUCGGCAUCGUCUAAGACGCAGCCCUUCCGCGAUGAGAUAUCCCGUGUCGUCCGCCACUACAUCUCUACCGGCGGACCACGGCAGUUGAACCUCACACACCAGGACAGGACGGCCUGCAUCGACGCCGUGCACCAGACCACCCACCCGUCGGCCCUGCUGCCCGCCUUCGCCGCGGCUGAGGCCAUACUCAGGGGCCAGUGCCACCCGAACUUCAUCAAGUGGAGCAUCGCCAACAGCAACCGUCCACGCGUUGUAUUCGUCCGCGGCCUCGCAGCGACGCUGAUCCUGCUCGGGUUCGUGCUGGACGCGCUGCUGGUCCUCUCGGGCCUCAACCCGCUCCUGAGGCUCACCGCGGCACCUCUGUGGUGUGCCGGUCUCUCGUUCCUCAUUGCGUCCCGGCAUGGCCUGUGCAUCAUCCUCCAUUGCAACUACAAGAGGAACCUGCGGCCUUGGGAGCAGUUUAGCGACGACGAUGUAGGGAGCGUCUCGGACAUGGACGAGAAGGCGGAAGCGCUGGAGGACGACAGCAAAGAAGACGUCCAUCGGCACAAGAGGACGGGCACCAACUUGUCCGUGGGCAGCAGCCGGACUGACCCCUUGCGAAAGCAGAGCCUACAGAGCUUCGGCGCCCCCAACACCUUCGACGCGGAGCCCUGGGUCGGGCUGUACCACGAGAAGCCCCUGUGGAAGCGGGUGUUCGACGUCUCGGUCAUGACGCAGAACAAGCACCUCAGGGCCAUUCAGGAUCGGAUCGUCUUCAAGGCGAUCCUGGGCGGGAGUUUCUUGGCGUUGGCCAUGGCGGCUGGCUCAAUAUUUAUACCCUCUGCUGACUUGUUUUGA